AUGGAAGAUGCUGCUACAUCUAUUCUUGAAACUGUUCUUGAGGAUUUGAAGAGACAUCGAGAUUUACUCUUGUCAUUCAAGGAUACGUUUGAGAGAAGGGAUAGAUUAGUAAUUGAUACUAGUGAGACUCUUAAUAAUAGAAUAUCAAUAAAUCAAGCAAAACUUAAAUCAUUAUCAAGCCAAAAAACAUCAGAUCCGGAAGAUGAAGGUGAUCUUAAAGUUCAACUUAGAAAACAAAAUUUUGUACGUUAUUGUAUGCAUUCAGAACUCAAUCUACUUCAUAAAAGUUCAGCAUUCGUCUCACUUCUAUAUCGAAACUUUAUAAAUGAACAAAUGAAAUACACACACCAACUUUAUAAAAAUUGGGAUGUAUUAAAUCCCAAAGUUCGUGAGAUGCCAAUUGAAACAAACGGAUUUGGUUAA